CCACCGGUAGUGGCCAUGGCGGCCGCAGGCUCCAGUGUGGUGAGGCGAGUGGAGGAGCUCGGGGACCUCGCUCAGGCCCACAUACAGCAGCUCAGCGAGGCGGCCGGCGAGGACGAUCACUUUUUAAUUCGGGCCUCUGCAGCUCUAGAAAAAUUGAAACUCUUGUGUGGAGAAGACAAAAAAUGUUCCAGUCCAUCAGAUCUACUAGAACUUUACACACAGGCUAUUUUGGACAUGACCUAUUUUGAGGAGAACAAGCUAGUAGAUGAAGAUUUUCCUGAAGACUCUUCACAGAAAGUAAAAGAGCUGAUCACUUUUCUUUCAGAACCAGAAAUUUUAGUUAAGGAGAAUAAUAUACAUCCCAAACACUGCGAUUUGCUUGGGGACGAACUCUUGGAAUGUCUCUCCUGGCGACGAGGAGCCCUACUUUAUAUGUAUUGUCAUUCUCUGACCAAAAGGAGAGAGUGGCUCACGAGAAAAGCUGGUUUGCUUAAAGAGUACCUUGUUGAUGGAAUCAGUUACUUGCUACAGAUGCUAAAUUAUCGGUGUCCUACCCAAUUAGAUGAAGGAGUUUCUUUCCAAGACCUAGACACAGCUAAGUUACUGAGUGAAGGAAUAUUUAGUGACAUUCACUUGCUGGCAAUGAUGUACAGUGGAGAGAUGUGUUACUGGGGAUUGAAGCACUGUGCAGAUCAACAACCAGAAAGCCAGGAUGUGAACACUGGGGCUCCUGGGGCAAGCUACACUACAUGCAAAGAACCCUUGGAUUUCCGAGAAGUAGGGGAAAAAAUUUUGAAAAAGUAUGUAUCUGUGUGUGAAGGACCCCUGAAAGAACAAGAAUGGAACACAACAAAUGCUAAGCAAAUUUUAAACUUCCUUCAGCAUCGCUCUAAUUAGUAGUAAGUUUAUCUAGUGCUUUUCAAACAGGAAAACGAAAAGACCCAUGAAAUGGAAACAUUCCAGGGAAGAAGACAUAUCGUCACCCAAUUUAAGAAUGUCACACUACAUAAAGAUGUCCAGCGCGGUCACCCUUUUUACAAUGCCAUCACCGUAUUUCGUUAUAUAUUCUUAAACCGAUGGUGGAACAGUUCUUUCAUUUGUAAAAUGGCAUGUAUGUUAUUCUAACUCAGCCUGAACUACAGAUCUCCUGUAACUAUACUAAGGAAAAAUCCAGUUUACCUUUACAAAGA